GGGUCAGGCAGUGCGAGUUUUGUCUUCAUGCACACCAUUAAGGCGCGAUACAAUCGUCCAUUUCCAAGGGUCAUUCUCUUCGGUUUCUCACUUGGGAUUCCGAAGAAAUGAAGGGAAGAAAUGAAUUGUUUUGAGCUCUAACACAAAGAACGAAAACGACUUCCUUCAACUCUCUAUGCCCUCAGUUUCCUGGUUCAAGGACCAUCAUCAGGAUGUAGGCUUAAAGUUCGACUCGAAGACGAUGACGACGGUGGCGGAAGUCGCUCGAGGCGGAUGGGCGGCUAGCGUAGGAAUACAAAAGGGCGAUCAGUUGUGCAUAGUGGGGGAAAAAGCGGUUUUGGG